UAUCCCAAGGGUCACCUAUUAAACUCAACAUUAAAGUCGGGAUCCCAACCGCUAUCUAUAUUGUAAAUUACAGUACCGGCGUUGAUGAAAACUUUGACUGAUUUAAGAAUAGGUACAGCACAACAAUAACAAUUUUACUUGUAGUCCUCGACCUUGUAUUGCGAUGAUUUACACACACUUUAAUAUUUAAUUUUCGUUAAUCCCGUGACUACAAUACAAGUAAUUUAUUGCACUCAACAUUAGCUAAUUUAGAUAGGACUAUCGACAUCCAUCUACAGUCUACUGUCGACUUGUUUACAUGAUUAACAUGUCAGUAAAGGUCGAGAAAACUGAGGAAAAAGUGAACCACGUGUCAAGGAUCCGGGAGCAGUGUGUCAAUUGUUUCAAAGGUCCCAAUUUAAUCAAAACCAUCGUGGUCAUGGCUUGUCUGCUUAUUGUCGUGUAUCAGAUUAUAACAUGCAUCCAGAAGUUGACCAAUAUCCCAGUCACAACACAUACACACUUCGACUUUAACAAGACCAUCGCCUACCCAAGCGUGACGUUCUGCCGGGAACCCCCAUACAAACAUGCUAAGCUGCAGGAAUAUGGGUUGUCUUCACAUCCUCGAUUCACGUCCACCUGGAGAGAAUUCAACUUCUCUGCGAUCUCUCUUGAUGAACUAUGGGAUGAGAUCACAUACAACGCUGACGACUUCUUUGUUCAGUAUGGCUUAGACUCACUUAGGGAUGAUGUGGUGUUAACAUCGAGUAUGGGUUUCGUAAACGGUCGGUGCUAUACCCUCACACCUCGGAUUAAGGACUCCCAAGCGACGAAGGCUCGGGGCUACGCCAUCACCCUGCAGCACACUCAAGAGGACAUUACCUCAUCUACUAGCAUUUUACCACCUGGCUACCAUGUUUAUGUGCAUUACGAGAAGGAGCCGUAUACCGAAGUAGAAGUAUAUAACGGUGGACUGGUCGACUAUCUGUACAUAAACACGGGUGAAACAUUGGAUGUAAAGCUAACAGUGAACGAAUACGUCAUGAUCAGCGACGAACUGAAUCCUUGCUCUACCGAACCUGGCUACAGCGCUAAUUAUUGCACAACAUUGUACGUGUGGGAAGAGGUUGGAAGACAGGUAAAUUGUUCUGGACCCUGGAUGAACAUUUCCUUACAGCGCUGUGAUAAUUUCAGAGAUAUGAGAAGACUUAUAUCUGCUUAUAUGGACAAAUAUAUUAAUCAUACAUGUGAAAGUUGCCCGCGGGUAUGUCGUUCUCUGUUGUAUAGCGCAUUCGUCGUUGAUAGACAGAAGUUUUACACCUGGGAUGCUCAAAGCAAAGUCUGGGCAAGUUCCACUAGCGUAGCGAAUCUUCAAACACAGAUCUAUAUUCACUUCAACAAUAUGAUGGUAUCGGUGUUCGAAGAAAAAUACAAUUAUGACUGGAAUGUGUUUCUCUCAGACCUCGGUGGGAGCGUGGGUUUCUUGCUGGGACUAUCAGUGAUCGGGUUGAUUGGGAUUUUAGGAAAUAUGUGGAGUAACAUGGUGCGCCCACUGCUCUGUGCGUCCGCGCCAGUUCCCCCGCCGCUAUCAGUUACUCCUAGAAAAACUCGGCCAUAUUCCUAUUGACCAAUACCAUGAUCCUACUGUAUACAUAUACUGUUUUCCUAAUGAAACCUUUGUACUAGA